AUGAGGGACAGCAGGAGGACACAAGCAGGUCAGGACUGUGUCCAACCUGGGGCUAACCCACCUCACCAACACAAAACCAACCAGUAAGAACCGGUUUGUACUGGACUGGCACAGGUCUAGUCUGGUUCUGACCACUCCUUCCUUCCAUUGGCUGUAAAUUAAACAGUUAGGAAAUGAUUAUUACAUGUUCCAGAUCAGUCAUUUAACCACAAUGCAGCCCAUUCUAAUAGAAUGGGGCCUCAAAUGUAGCAUUCCAGAAUUUGCGCUGCAGUUGACAAUUGCAAAUUUCCAAAGCACAACAAGUUUGCUAAUUCUCUCUGUGUAAGAACAUCAGCUAAAGCUAGACAAAGAGGUGGAGGGAUGGGGAAAAUGUUUAGUAUAACGUAACGCAUCAUGUUUUUCUCUUUCUCUCCUUCUCCAGCCAGAUGCCAGAGAGAGCAAAGCAGAGGACAGAGAUGCAGGUGGAGUCCAACGUUGUCGUGGCUGUCAGGUUUCUUAUUGUUCAUCAUUAUAUGUGUCUACUGAGAGGAUUUCAGCAAACUGGAGAAGUUAACAUGAAAAUUAUAGGAAUGGUGAGAUACUGUGUCUGUUUGUGUGUGUGGGUGUGGGCAUGUGUGUGCAUGUGUGUGUACAGGGUAAGGCCUCUGACUGAAGAUGAGCAUAACAGGGGAGAUGUGACCAUCGUGUACUGUCCAGACCAGCACAGUCUACUGGUGAGGCCGGAACGCACAUAAACACACAUCAUACCCUCGUCUCUCUCUCAUUCUUCUCUCUCACACACCCUCUUCUCUCGCUCAUCCUUCUCUCUCUCACACCCUCUUUCCCUUGGCUCUCCUUUCACUCACUGUCAUCUCUCAAUCACACAUCCUCCCCCCCACCCCCCCCCUCCACCCUCUCUCUAGGUGGGUGCGUCGGGGCAGGAGAGGGCGUUUGCGUUCGAUGUGGUCCUGGGCCCUGAGAGUUCCCAGCAUGCCAUGUUUCAAGAGUGUGGCAUGACUCGUCUCAUAGACAUGGUGGUCCAGGGGUGAGAGACGGUCAGGAGGCUCAUGGGUAGUGCAGUUGUUCAGGAAUUUUUUUUGUAGUCAAACACGCAUCAUAGCUUGUGAGUUGGUAGCAGUUGCAUACCGUCACGGCCUUCAAAGCCUUCAGAGAAGGUCUAAGAAUAUAUAAAAUACAAAUCUACAUUAUUUUGUAGUGCAACUUUGCAGGGGGUGACGCAAACUACUUCUAGUCUUAGUGAGGGUGGAGUCACUCACUAGACAGCUAGUUCAAAAUCUCAUUCUGCUACACAAGACAGAAACAACAGUUGAAUGACUAGGGACCACAUCAUCUUCAUCUGUUCAUCUAUUGUUCUCUACGACAGGUUCUGCUGUACUGUGUUUGCUUUUGGACAGACAGGCUCAGGGAAAACAUACACCAUCACUGGGCCGCACUCUCUGGUCAGUACUGUUAGAUUCUAAAUAAACAGAGUAAAAACUCACAGACAGCUAGGAAAGCUCAAACCAUGUUUAUUCACCCACUGGGUCACACAGCUGCAUAAGACAAAGACAUAUUCACACAAGCACUGGUAUUUAAACCUUCCUCCUAUGCUGAGUCGCAUCCUUACACAUAUGGACAGCCAAUACAUCUCUGUUGCUAGACAGGACUUUAGUGAUGCCUGUUCUUUCUCACUUAAUCUGACCUGACCUCUGGACAAAUUCCUCACUCCUCCCCACCACACGGCUGUCCUGUUGACUUGUACCAGACUGUGGCCCUUCUCCUUUCCAUAGGAUACCUGAUGUCUAACAAUAACAUGUUCUGACAGAAUGUAAACGUUCUGCAUUCCCCUCUCUCCCUCAGUGACAGGAUUAAGGAUAAUUCAAGUUUACAGUGCCUUGCAAAAGUAUUCAUCCCCCUUGGCGUUUUUCCUAUUUUGUUGCAUUGCAACCUGUAAUUUAAAUGAAUGUUUAUUUGGAUUACAUGUAAUGGACAUACACAAAAUAGUCCAAAUUGGUGAAGUGAAAUGAAAAAAAUAACCUGUUUCAAAAAACUCUAAAAAAUAAAUAACGGAAAAGUGGUGCGUGCAUAUGUAUUCACCCCCUUUGCUAUGAAGCCCCUAAAUAAGAUCUGGUGCAACCAAUUACCUUCAGAAGUCACAUAAUUAGUUAAAUAAAGUCCACCUGUGUGCAAUCUAAGUGUCACAUGAUCUGUAACAUGAUCUCAGUAUAUAUACACCUGUUCUGAAAGGCCCCAGAGUCUGCAACACCACUAAGCAAGGGGCACCACCAAGCAAGCGGCACCAUGAAGACCAGGAAGCUCUCCAAACAGGUCAGGGACAAAGUUGUGGAGAAGUACAGAUCAGGGUUGGGUUAUAAAAAACUUUCAGAAACUUUGAACAUCCCACGGAGCACCAUUAAAUCCAUUAUUAAAAAAUUGAAAGAAUAUGGUACCACAACAAACCUGCCAAGAGAGGGCUGCCCACCAAAACUCACGGACCAGGCAAGGAGGGCAUUAAUCAGAGAGGCAACAAAGAGACCAAAGAUAACCCUGAAGGAGCUGCAAAGCUCCACAGCGGAGAUUGGAGUAUCUGUCCAUAGGACCACUUUAAGCCGUACACUCCACAGAGCUGGGCUUUACGGAAGAGUGGCCAGAAAAAAGCCAUUGCUUAAAGAAAAAAAUAAGCAAACAGGUGUUCGCCAAAAGGCAUGUGGGAGACUCCCCAAACAUAUGGAAGAAGGUACUCUGGUCAGAUGAGACUAAAAUUGAGCUUUUUGGCCAUCAAGGAAAACGCUAUGUCUGGCGCAAACCCAACACCUCUCAUCACACCGAGAACACCAUCCCCACAGUGAAGCAUGGUGGUGGCAGCAUCAUGCUGUGGGGAUGUUUUUCAUCGUCAGGGACUGGGAAACUGGUCAGAAUUUAAGAAAUGAUGGAAUAGCACUAAAUACAGGGAAAUUCUGGAGGGAAACCUGUUUCAGUCUUCCAGAUAUUUGAGACCGGGACGUAGGUUCACCUUCCAGCAGGACAAUGACCCUAAGCAUACUGCUAAAGCAACACUCGAGUGGUUUAAGGGGAAACAUUUAAAUGUCUUGGAAUGGUCUAGUCAAAGCCCAGACCUCAAUCCAAUUGAGAAUCUGUGGUAUGACUUAAAGAUUGCUGUACACCAGCGGAACCCAUCCAACUUGAAGGAGCUGGAGCAGUUUUGCCUUGAAGAAUGGGCAAAAUUCCCAGUGGCUAGAUGUGCCAAGUUUAUAGAGACAUACAUUUGACAUUUUAGUCAUUUGGCAGACGCUCUUAUCCAGAGCGACUUACAGUUAGUGAGUGCAUACAUUUUCAUACUGGCCCCCCGUGGGAAUCAAACCCACAACCUUGGCGUUGCAAGCGCCAUGCUCUACCAACUGAGCUACACGGGGCAUACCCCAAGAUACUUACAGCUGUAAUUGCUGCUACAAAGUAUUGACUUUGGGGGGGGGUGAAUAGUUAUGCACGCUCAAGUUUUCUGUUUUUUUGUCUGAUUUCUUGUUUGUUUCACAAAAAAAAAUGUUUUGCAUCUUCAAAGUGGUAGGCAUGUUGUGUAAAUCAAAUGAUACAAACCCCCCAAAAAUCUAUUUUAAUUCCAGGUUGUAAGGCAACAAAAUAGGAAUAAUGCCAAGCAGGGUGAAUACUUUUGCAAGCCACUGUAAGUCAGAACCCAUCAGUACUAAGAGGUAGCUUCCUCAUACUAGCUAGGUCUGCUCUGAACAAGUGUCGGUAAAACCCCUGCUCAUCCAGUAGUUAGUAAAGUGAAAGACAGAGUCUUGUCUACAUUAGACCUUCUGUUUCAACAAAAAUACAAUUAUAAUAAACAGUUGAUCAUAAAAAAAAGGACAGAGACUCUGGGCUGAAGCAUGACUCCUAUCUUCAGAGGAUCUUUUACAUUUCUUAAGAAAUGCAUCCUUCCCUAUUUCCUUUCGUCUCUCCUUGACCUCUCACCCCUUCCUGGCUUCCUCUCUUCCAGUUCUUGGAGGGCUCUCAUGAUUCCUUGCUAGCAGGUCUUAUGCAGCGUUCUCUGUCAUACCUUCUUGAGCUGGUUGGCCAAUCAGAGGAGGGCUUUCACCUCUGUGCCUCAUACCUGGAGAUCUACAACGAACAGGUAUGUAUAGCACGCAUGGUAGACACACACACAAACACACAUACACGAGUUACACAUACACGAGUUACACACACACACAAUAGUAACUGUGUGUUCAAAAUCCACUUGUGUGUAUCUAUCUAGGUGCAUGACCUGCUGAACCCAUGUCUGCCAUACUCGUUGGCAGUUCGCGGCAGCAGAACCCAAGGGUUCUACGUAGAGAACCUGUCAGUAGUAGAGUUCCACGACCUGGACAGCUUCAUGAGGCUACUGGAGGGAGGUGAGGGAGAUACAUAUAUUUGAUUAUAUUUUCUCCAUUGAUACACCACGGAUGAAAUGUAAUUUUUCUGUCUCUGCCUGUGCCCCUAAGACUUUUUGUCCUGGUGUGUGUGCUCUGGGCCGGCCUGAGGCAAAAGCGACAUAAGUGACCGCUUAGGGGGGGCCCAUUGAUUUUGUUAGUCACUCUCUCUCAGAUAUCAUAUUAACAUGGCCAAAAUGUCUCUCCAAACUAUGGCAAAAUGUGUAGAAUUGCAGGAAACUUCCUUUAAAUCUGCACAAUUUUCUCUACGCCCCAUGGCAAAAUGUGUAGAAUUGCAGCAAACUUCCUUUAAAACUGCACAACUUUCUCUACGCCCAUGGCAAAAUGUGUAGAAUUACAGGAAAAUUCCACUUAAGGAUCCCAAAAAGCUAGGGCCGGCCUUGUACUAGUCUCUUUCUCUUCCUCCAUCGCUCUCCCUCUGUGUAACAGUUAAUUAGUACCCCCCAUCUCUCUCCCUAAGUGUAACAGUUCAUUUGUACCCCCCAUCUCUCUCCCUAAGUGUAACAGUUCAUUUGUACCCCCCAUCUCUCACCCUCGGUAUAACAGCUCAUUUGUACCCCCCAUCUCUAUCCCUCGGUGUAACAGUUCAUUUGUAACCCCCUUCUCUCUCCCUCGGUGUAAAAGUUAAUUUAUAACCCUCCAUCUCUCUCCCUCGGUAUAGCAGUUAAUUUGUAACCCCCCAUCUCGCUCCCUCGGUAUAACAGUUCAUUUGUAACCCCCCAUCUCUCUCCCUUAGCGUAACAGUUCAUUUGUACCCCCCAUCUCCCUCCCUCGGUGUAACAGUUUAUUUGUAACCCCCCAUCUCUCUCCCUCGGUGUAACAGUUAAUUUGUAACCCCUCAUCUCUCCCUCGGUGUAACAGUUCAUUUGUAACCCCCAUCUCUCUCCCUCUGUGUAACAGUUCAUUUGUAACCCCCAUCGCUCUCCCUCCCGGUGUAACAGUUCAUUUGUAACCCCCCCAUCUCUCUCCCUCAGUGUAACAGUCCAUUUGUACCCCCAUCUCUCUCCCUGAGUGUAACAGUUAAUAUGUAACCCCCAUCUCUCUCCCUCGGUGUAACGGGGUUUUUUGAACCCCAUCCUCUCCUUGUGAAACUUUUAUUUGAAACCCCCCAUCUCUCCCCUGGGAAAACAUUUCUUUUGAACCCCCCCCCCUCCCCCUCGUGUAACGUUAAUUUGAAAAACUCCCACUCCCCCUGGUUGUAAAAUUUCAUUUGAAACCCCCCCAAACUCUCCCCCUUUUGGGAAAGUUUUUGUAACUUCCAUCUCCCUUCGGUGGAACAGUUCAUUUGUAACCCCCAUUUUCCCCCUUGGUGUAACAGUUAAUUUUUUGAAACACCAAUCAAUGUCCCCGGUGGAACAGUUCAUUAAAAACCCCCCUCUUCCCUCUGUGUAACAUUUAUUGUAACCCUCAUCAUCUCCCCGGUUUGUAACAGCUUUUGAAACCCCUAUUCUUCACUCGUGUAAAUUUAAAUUUUGUAACCCCACAUCUUCUCCCUCAGUGUAACAGUUAUUUGACCCCCAUCUCUUCCUCGAGAACAUUUAUUGAAAACCCUAUUUCCCCCGGUUUUAACAUCUUUUAAAACCCCCCAUCUCCCCCCCGGUGUAUCAUUUAUUUGUAACUCCCCCAUCUUCCCCCUCAGUGAACAUUUAAAUUUUGUAACCCCCCAUCUCUCUUCCUCGUGUAACAGUUCAUUUGAAACCCCUGUUAGAUUAAUUUGGUUUUUUAAAAAUAAAAUAAAGGAUUUCCCCCCAAAUACAGUAUAAAUUUUAGAAAUCAUGUAGUGUCAACCCUCUAACGAGGGGGGGGUAAAAAAUUCAAGGGUGAAAGGGGGAAAGGGGAAAAAGUUUUGAAAGCCCCCUAAAGGUGGGAGGAGCAAGUUCAGGAGGUAAAAACCCUAUGUUGUGUUUUUUGGCGGGGAAGGGCCCCCCUGAAUAAAAAAAAAGAUAAUACUUGUGGGUUUUGGAUUGAAUCUUGAUAUUAAAAAAAAAGCCUUACAACCCUGGUAAUGAUUCAAGCUUAGGUUGAAUAGAGAUAGAAAUUCAGUAAACAACCCCCACUUUCCCUUUGGUUGUAACAGUAAUUUUAACUCCAUUCUUUUUCCCCCUGUGUAAAAAAGUCCCUUGAAACCCCGUCUUUUCCUCGGUUUUAAAUUCAUCGUAACCCCCUUCUCUCUCCCCGGGUAACAGUUAUUUUUACCCUAAAGGUUUUCCCUUGUGCAACGUUCUUUUUAAACCCCCCUCUCUCUCCCUUGGGUUUUAAAAGUUAUUGAACCCCCCAUUUUAUCCUCGGUUUUUUAAAAAUUAAUUUUUAACCCCCUUUUCCCCUCCCUGGUGUAACGUUAUUUUUAACCCCCCAUCUCCCCCUUUUUGUAAUAGUACAUUUGUUACCCCCCCUCUCUCCCCUGGUUAUCGUUCAUUUGUACCCACCAUCCUCUCCCUGGGGUAAACAGUUAAAAUUUUAACCCCAUCUCCUCCCUCGGUUGAACAGUUCUUUGUAACCCCCAAUCUCUUUUCCCCCCGGGGUAAAGUUAAAUUGUAACCCCAUCCUCUCCCCCGGGGUGUAACAGUUCAUUUGAACCCCCAUCUCUUUCCCUCUGGUUUAAAAAUUUAUUUUUAACCCCCCCUUUUCCCCGGGGGUAAAGUUCAUUUGUAACCUAUCUUCUCCUCUGUAUAACAUUCAUUGUAAACCCCAUCACUCCCCGGGGUAACUGUUUUUUUGUAACCCCCAUCCUUUUUCCUCGGUGUAAAAAGUUUUAUUGUACCCCCAUCUCUCCCCCCGGUGUAAAGUUCAUUGUAACCCCCUCUCUCUCCCUUAGUGUAAAAGUUUUAUUGUAACCCCCCCCCCCCCCUCUUCCCUGGUUGGAAAAGUUUAUUUUGUAACCCCCCUCCUUUCCCUCGGGGUAACAGUUCAUUUGUUAACCCCCCCUCCUCUCCCCGGGGGUAACAGUUUAAAUUUUUUUCCCCCAUCUCCUCCCCCGGUGUAAAGUCAUUUUUAACCCCCAUCUCUCUCCCCGGGUAACAGUUCAUUUUUAACCCCCAUUUCCCCCCCUCGGGUUUUUUAAACAGUUUUACUUGUAAUCCCCCUCUCUCCCCUUAGUGUACGUUAUUUUUAACCCCCCCCCCCCCCCCCCCCUUCUUCCCUCGGUUUAACAGUUUAUUUGUAACCCCCCUCUUUCCCCGGUGAAAAAGUUUAUUUUGUUACCCCCCAUCUUUCCCUCGGUGUAAAAGUUUUAAUUUUUACCCCCCAUCUCUUCCCCGGUGUAACAGUUCAUUUUUAACCCCAUCUCCUCCCCCUGGAACAGUUUAUUUGAACCCCAUCUCUCCCUCGGUGUAAAGUUAUUUGUAAACCCCCAUCUCUCUCCCCUGGAACAGUUCAUUUUUAAAACCCCACACUUCACUCGGUUUUAACGUUCAUUAACCCCCAUCUCUCUUCCCCCGGUUAACAGUUAAUUUAACCCCCCAUCCCUCCCCCGGGGGGGGGAAAAAAAGGUUAAUUUGUAACCCCCCCAUCUUCUCCCCUUUUGAAACAUUUUUUUGUAACCCCCAUCUCACUCCUUCCUCGGUGUAACAGUCAUUUGUUACCCCCCCCAUCUCUCUCCUCGGUUGUACAGUUUUUGUACCCUCUCUCUCCCUCGGUGUAACAGUUCUUUAACCCCCCAUAUCUCUCCCUCGGUGUAACUUAUUGUACCCCCCCCCCCCCCUUCCUCUCUCCCUCGUAAUAGUUCAUUGUACCCCCAUCUUCUCCCUUGGUGUAACGGUUCUUUGUAACCCCCCUCUCUCUCCCUCGGUUAACAGUUAUUUACCCCCUCCUCUCCCCUGUAAACAUUUGAAACCCCCAUCUCUCCCUCAGUGUAAGUUAUUUUCCACUCUCCCUCCGGUGUAAGUUCUUUUAACCCAUAUCUCCCUCGGUGUAGCAUUCUUGUACCCCCUCUUCCCUCGUUACAGUUCAUUUUAAAUCCCUCUCUUUCCCUCUGUUACGCCAUUUGUAAACCCUUUCUCCCCGUGUAUCAUUCAUUGUAACCCCUCUCUCUCCUCUGUGUAACAGUCAUUGUACCCCUAGUCCUCCCUCUUACUUUUUAAACCCCAUCUCUCUCCCUGGUGUAAAGUUUAUUUGUACCCCCAUCUCUCCCUCGUGAAAGUUAUUUUACCCCCCAUCCUCUCCCUCGGUGUAACAGUUAAUUGUACCCCAUCUAUCCCUCUUUAACAGUUCAUUUUACCCCCUCUCUCUCUCCCUCGGUGUAUCAUUCAUUGUCCCCAUCUCUCUCCCCGGUGUACGUUCUUUUAACCCCAUCUCUCUCCCUUGUGUACGUUCAUUUGUAACCCCCCUCUCUCCCUCGGUAACGUUCACUGUACCCCAUCUUUCUCCCUCUUGUAUCAGUUCUCUGUACCCCAUUCUCUCUUCCUCGUGAACAUUCAUUGUACCCUCAGCUCUCCUCGGCACAGUUCUUUAUACCCCCAUCCUCUCCCUGGUACAUCAUUUACCCCCAUUCUCCUCGUGUAACAGUUAUUUGUAACCCCAUCUCCUCCCUCGGUUACAGUUCAUUUGUACCCCCAUCUCCCCUCUUGUAAUAGUCAUUUUACCCCAUCUUCUCCUCGUGUACGUUCAUUGACCCAUCCUCUCCUGGUAACGUUAAUUGUACCCCCUCUCCUCCCUCGUGUAAUUCUUGUAACACUCUCUUUCCCUCUGUGAACUUAUUGUACCCCCAUCUCUCUCCCUCGUGAACAGUUUUGUACCCCUCUCUCCCUCGUUAACAUUUAUUUACCCUCACUCUCUCCUCUGUUACAGUUAAUUUUAACCCCAUCACUCUCACUCUGUACUGUUCUUGUACCCCCUCCUCUUCCGGUGGACAUCUUGUAACCCCCAUCCUCUCCCUCGGUAACAUUCUUUUUAAACCCUCUCUCUCCCUUAGUGUAACCAGUUCAUUUUUGUAACCCCACAAACCCCCCCCCCCUCCCCCCCCCCCCCCAGUUGCUCUCCCCCCGGGUGUAACAGUUCCAUUUGUAACCCCCCAUCAUCUUUACCCUUGGUGUAAAACAGUUCAUUUGUUGACCCCCAUCUCUUUCCCAUCGGUUGUAAACAGUUAAUUUGUACCCCCCCCAUCCUCUCUCCCUCCGGGUAACAGUUCAUUUGUAAACCCCUCAUCUCUCUCCCUCUGUGUAAACAGUUUCAUUUUUGAACCCCCCAUUCUCUCUCCCUCGGUGUAAACAGUUUUCUUUGUAACCCUCAUCUCUCUCCCUCUGUGUAAACAGUUAAUUUUAAACCUACCCCCUCAACUCACUCCCUUCACUCGGUGUAAACUGUUCAUAUAUUUGUCACAACCAACCCCCCCCAUCUCUCUUCCUCGGUGUAACCAGUUAAUUUGGUAACCCCUCAAUCUCUCUCCCUCGGGUGUAUGUAAGAGUUAAUUUGUAACCGCCCAUCUCUCUCCCUCUGUGUAACAUUUAAUUUGUAACCCCCAUCUCUCUCUCCCUCGGUGUAACAGUUCAUUUGUUACCCCCCAUCUCUCUCCCUUGGUGUAACAGUUAAUUUGUACCCUCUAGGUCUCUCCCUCUGUGUAACAGUUCAUUUGUAACCCCCAUAUCUCUCUCCCUCGGCGUAUCAGUUCAUUUGUAACCCCCAUCUCUCUCCCUCGGUGUAACAGUUCAUUUGUAACCCUCAUCUCUCUCCCUCUGUGUAACAGUUCAUUUGUAACCCCCACCUCUCUCCCUUGGUGUAACAGUUCAUUUGUACCCCCCCAUCUCUCUUCCUCGGUGUAACGUUAAUUUGUAACCCCCCAUCUCUCUCACUCGGUGUAACAGUUCACUUGUAACCCCCAUCUCUCUCCCUCGGUGUAACAGUUCAUUUGUAACCCCCAUCUCUCUCCUUCGGUGUAACAGUUAAUUUGUAACUCCUAUCUCUUUCCCUCUGUGUAACAGUCCAUUUGUAACCCUCAUCUCUCUCCCUCUGUGUAACAGUUCAUUUGUAAUCCCCAUCUCUCUCCCUCUGUGUAACAGUUCAUUUGUAAUCCCCAUCCCUCUCCCUUGGUGUAACAGUUCCUUUAAAACCCCCCAUCUCUCUCCCUCGGUGUAUCAGUUCAUUUGUACCCACAAUCUCUCUCCCUCGGUGUAACAGUUCAUUUUGUACCCUCUAGGUCUCUCCCUCUGUGUAACAGUUCCUUUAUAACCCCUCAUCUCUCUCCCUUGGUGUAACAGUUCAUUUGUAACCCCCCAUCUCUCUCCCUCGGUGUCACAGUUAAUUUGUACCCCCCAUCUCUCUCCCUCGGUGUAACAGUUCAUUUGUAACCCCCUAUCUCCUCCUUCUUUGUAAUAGUACAUUUGUUACCCCGCAUAUCUCUCCCUCGGUGUAACAGUUCAUCAGUAAACUACCAUCUCUCUCCCUCGGUGUAACAGUUAAUUUGUAACCCCCCCAUCUCUCUCCCUCAGUGUAACUGUUCAUUUGUAACCCCCCAUCUCUCUCCCUCGGUGUAACAGUUCAUUUGUAACCCCCAUCUCUUUCCCUCGGUGUAGCAGUUCAUUUGUAACCCCCAUCUCUCUCCCUUGGUGAAACAGUUCAUUUGUAACACCCAUCUCUCCCUCGAUGUAACAGUUAAUUUGUAACCCCCCAUCUCUGUCCCUCGGCGUAACAGUUCAUUUGUAACCCCACAUCUCUCUCCCUCGGUGUAACAGUUCAUUUGUAACCCCCCACGUCUCUCCCUCUGUGUAACAGUUCAUUUGUAACCCCCCAUCUCCUCCUUCUUUGUAAUAGUACAUUUGUUACCCCCCAUCUCUCUCCCUCGGUGUAUCAGUUCAUUUGUACCCACCAUCUCUCUCCCUCUGUGUCACAGUUCAUUUGCAACCCUGCAUCUCUCUCCCUCGGUGUAACAGUUCAUUUGUAACCCUCCAUCUCUCUCCCUCAGUGUAAUAGUUCAUUUGUAACCCCCAUGUCUCUCCCUCGGUGUAACAGUUCAUUAGUAACCCCCCAUCUCUCUCCCUCGGUGUAACAGUUAAUUUGUAACCCCCAUUUCUCUCCCUCGGUGUAACAGUUCAUUUGUAACCCCCCAUCUCUCUUCCUCGGUGUAACAGUUAAUUUGUAACCCCCAUCUCCUUCCCUCGGUGUAACAGUUAAUUUGUAACCCCCAUCUCUUUCCCUCGGUGUAACAGUUCAUUUGUACCCUCCAUCUCUCUCCCUCAGUGUAACAGUUCAUUUGUAACCCCCAUAUCUCUCCCUCGGUGUAACAGUUCAUUUGUAACCCCAAUCUCUUUCCCUCUGUGUAACAGUUCAUUUGUAAUCCCCAUCUCUCUCCCUCGGUGUAACAGUACAUUUGUAACCCCCCAUCUCUCUCCCUCGGUGUAACAGUUAAUUUGUAACCCCACAUUUCUCUCCCUCAGUGUAACAAUUCCUUUGUAACCCCCAUCUCUCUCCCUCGGUGUAACAGUUCUUUAGUAAACUACCAUCUCUCUCCCUCGGUGUAACAGUUAAUUUGUAACCCCCCCAUCUCUCUCCCUCGGUGUAACAGUUAAAUUGUAACCCCCAUCUCUCUCCCUCGGUGUAACAGUUCAUUUGUAACCCACAUCUCUUUCCCUCUGUGUAACAGUUCAUUUGUAACCCCCAUCUCUCUCCCUCGGUGUAACAGUUCAUUUGUAACCCUCAUCUCUCUCCCUCUGUAUAACAGUUCAUUUGUAACCCCCAUCACUCUCCCUCGGUGUAACAGUUCAUUUGUUACCCCCCAUCUCUCUCCCUCGGUGUAACAGUUAAUUUGUACCCUCUAGGUCUCUCCCUCUGUGUAACAGUUCAUUUGUAACCCCCAUCUCUCUCUCCCUCGGUGUAUCAGUUCAUUUGUAACCCCCAUCUCUCUCCCUCGGUGUAACAGUUCAUUUGUAACCCUCAUCUCUCUCCCUCUGUGUAACAGUUCAUUUGUAACCCCCACCUCUCUCCCUUGGUGUAACAGUUCAUUUGUAACCCCCCAUCUCUCUUCCUCGGUGUAACGUUAAUUUGUAAACCCCCAGCUCUCUCCCUCGGUGUAACAGUUCACUUGUAACCCCGAUCUCUCUCCCUCGGUGUAACAGUUCAUUUGUAACCCCCAUCUCUCUCCUUCGGUGUAACAGUUAAUUUGUAACUCCCAUCUCUUUCCCUCUGUGUAACAGUCCAUUUGUAACCCCCAUCUCCCUCCCUCUGUGUAUCAGUUCAUUUGUAACCCCCUUCUCUCUCCCUCGGUGUAACUGUUCAUUUGUACCCUCUAGGUCUCUCCCUCUGUGUAACAGUUCCUUUAUAACCCCUCAUCUCUCUCCCUUGGUGUAACAGUUCAUUUGUAACCCUCAUCUCUCUCCCUCUGUGUAACAGUUAAUUUGUAACCCUCAUCUCUCUCCCUCUGUGUAACAGUUCAUUUGUAAUCCCCAUCUCUCUCCCUCUGUGUAACAGUUCAUUUGUAAUCCCCAUCCCUCUCCCUUGGUGUAACAGUUCCUUUAUAACCCCCCAUCUCUCUCCCUUGGUGUAACAGUUCAUUUGUAACCCCCCAUCUCUCUCCCUCGGUGUAACAAUUAAUUUGUACCCCCCAUCUCUCUCCCUCUGUGUAACAGUUCAUUUUUACCCCCCAUCUCUCUCCCUCAGUGUAACAGUUCAUUUGUAACCCCCCAUCUCUCUCCCUCGGUGUAACAGUUAAUUUGUACCCCCCAUCUCUCUCCCUCUGUGUAACAGUUCAUUUUUACCCCCCAUCUCUCUCCCUCAGUGUAACAGUUCAUUUGUAACCCCCCAUCUCUCUCUCUCAGUGUUACAGUUCAUUUGUACCCCCCUUCUCUCUCCCUCAGGGAUGCAGAACAGACAGAGCUCCUCUCACUCCCAGAAUGAACAUUCCAGCCGCAGUCACGCCAUCCUAACUGUCUACGUCAAGGUACACACACGCUUCUGUCCCUCUCCUUGCCUCAAACCAGAGACCAUCUGAACACAUCAACAACUUCCUCCCACGAAGCAUUGUUACCUAUCGCUCCACAAAAGCUGCAGCCCUUGCAGAGCAAGGGAAACAACUAUUUCAAGGUCUCAGAGCGAGUGACGUCACCGAUUGAAACGUUACUAGCACGCAUCGCUAACUAGCUAGCCAUUUUACACCAGUUACACACACACACACAGGCUCCCUCUGUCUCUAUGGUAGAUCUAGCAAGGCUGGGGGGCGAGAGAGUUACCCCUUCCUUCCUCCCUCUCUCCCUCCUCACUUCUCUCUCUCUUUCUCGCUCUCUCUCUCCCUCCUUCUCUCACCCAGGGCAUGUUGACUCAGGGGAAGCUGUGCGUAGUAGACCUGGCAGGCAGUGAGAGGGUGAGAGAGGGAGACUCCAUAGAGGAACUAUUGGAAGAGACAGGCAACAUCAACCGCAGCCUGCUUACUCUGGGUACCAGUUUUAAUGUUGUGUGUGUGUGUUUGUGUGUAUGUGUAUCAAUGUGUGUUUGAGCAUAGUGUGUGUAAUGUUGUCUGUGUUUAAUGUUAUUUAUGUAUGUAUGUAUAAAUGUGUGUGUGUGUAUGUGUGUGUGUGUUUGUAUCAAUAUAUGUGUGCGUGUGUUCUACAGGGAAGUGUAUCUCGUCUCUGGUGGAUCCUAAGAAGAGGAAUGGCCAUAUUCCCUACCGGGACAGUAAACUCACCAAGCUGCUCUCUGAAUCGCUGGGAGGAUCUGGCAUCACUCUCAUGGUACAGUAGAUCUAUAGUUUGUGUGUGCAUUUUAUACAAAUAUUUACGUCUGUGGGCUUUACAUGUCCCAAAACAAAUAUUGUGUGUGUGUUGUCCUAGAUUGCAUGUGUGUCUCCCACCUUGGGCAAUCUCCAGGAGACCCUGAACACACUUCGAUACUCCAGCAGAGCCAAAAGGAUCAAGAACAGACCAAUGGCCAAGAGGGUAACUUAACAUUUUAGUUCUAGAACAUCCUUUCUACCCAUUCUAGAAUAUCCUUUAUAUGUAUUCUUGUUCUAGAAUAGCCCUUCAAUACAUUCUAGAAUAUCCCUUCAACCCAUUCUAGAAUAUCCAUUCUAGAAAAUCCAUUACAUUUCUAGAAUAUCCAUUCUACUCAUCAUAUUUCUACACCAGGACCUGCGUGAGAAGUUGGUGGUCAGCCUCCAGAGAGAGAUCUGCCGGCUGCGCCAGGAGAACCUGUUGCUACAGCAACACCUCUCCUCAGCCCACAAGGCUGGGGCAAGGGGGUCUGGGCUGGAGACAAAUCACCCUGGGAGUAUGAGUUAUUUUCCUCAGCAUGCAAAGGAGGUGGCCGGGGCCAGGACAGGCUCCUCCUGCUCUGAGACCAGCCUCAGGAUCCUGCUGCAGGAGCUGAUGAGAGAGAACGACAAGCUACAGUGA